GGCAAAUCGAAUCAAACUUUUGAUGUCGUGUCCACCGUCGUCGUCGCAGCCAAAAAUGAAGCGGUUCCGUCGUUCCGGCGGCAGUCGGAACGUGUUCCUGCUGGUGCUCUUGGUGCCACUGCUCGUGGGCAGCGUUUCCUGCCUGCGGAAGUACACCAAACAGGACAUGCUGCGGUUGAGGGAGGAGGUCCGGGCCAUGUUCCAGCACGCGUACGACGGCUAUCUGAAGUACGCGUCCAAGUACGACGAGUUGCGGCCGUUGAGCUGCGACGGAGUGGACACCUGGGGCAGUUACUCGCUGACGUUGAUUGACGCGCUGGACACGCUGGCCGUGAUGGGGAACUAUUCGGAGUUCCGGAGGGUGGUGCGGUUGCUGGAGCAAAAGUCGUUCGAUAGUGACAUUAACGUUUCGGUGUUUGAGACGAACAUCCGGAUUGUGGGCGGACUGUUGAGUGCGCACUUGAUGAGUCAUAAGGCGGGGGUGGAGCUGGAGGAGGGUUGGCCGUGUAAUGGGCCGCUGUUGAGGUUGGCGGAGGAUGUGGCGAAGCGGUUGCUGCCGGCGUUUGAUACGAGGACGGGGAUGCCGUACGGGACGGUGAAUUUGAAGUAUGGAGUUCCUUAUGGGGAGACGAGCGUGACCUGCACGGCUGGGAUUGGGACGUUUGUGGUGGAGUUUGGGGCGUUGAGUCGGUUGACGGGGGAUCCGAUCUACGAGGAGGUGGCGUUGAAUGCGUUGUACUCGUUGUACAAUCAUCGGUCGUCGAUUGGGCUGUUUGGGAAUCAUAUUGACGUGCAGACUGGACGGUGGACGGCGCAGGACGCGGGGAUUGGCGCCGGGGUUGAUUCGUACUACGAGUAUUUGGUGAAAGGAGCUAUCAUGCUGAACAAACCAGAUUUGAUGCACAUGUUCAACGAGGGACGGAAGGCCAUUGAUAAGUACUUAAAGCGGGACGAUUGGCACGUUUGGGUGUCGAUGAACAAGGGCCAGGUCACGUUGCCAGUGUUUCAGAGCUUGGAAGCGUACUGGCCGGGAGUGCUGAGUCUGUUUGGGGACACCAGCGUGGCCAUGAAAACCCUCCACAACUAUCAUACCGUUUGGAAGCAGUACGGAUUUUUGCCGGAAUUCUACAACAUUCCAAAUGCGGAAGCUGGAGCGAAUCGGGAGAACUACCCGCUCCGGCCGGAACUGAUCGAGUCGGUCAUGUAUCUGUACCGUGCUACCGGCGAUCCCUACCUGCUCGAAGUAGGUGAAGACAUCCUCCGGAGCAUUGAGUACAGUGCCAAAACGCCCUGUGGCUACGCAACGAUCAAAAACGUCCGUGAUCAUCACAAAGAAGAUCGUAUGGAGUCGUUCUUCCUCGCAGAAACCACCAAAUACCUCUACCUCCUGUUCGAUCCGGACAAUUUCAUCCACAACGAUGGCCGCGUCGGCACCGUCAUCAACACAACCCACGGCGAGUGCAUAAUCGAUGCCGGCGGCUACAUCUUCAACACCGAAGCCCAUCCGAUCGAUCCGUCCAUGCUCCGGUGCUGUCACGAAACCCCGAACCAAAAUCUCUUCGCCGGCUACAGCCGGGAAAAGUUCGCCGGAGAUCGGCUCGACCUAACCCGCACCCCAAAAGAACCCGAGCUGAAACCUCCCCAAGAAGUGGAAAACAUCUCCGUCGUCGAAGCCCAAAUCGAAGACUCCAUCCCGGCGGCCGUCCUCGAAGAACUCGGCGCCAAGCUAGCCGAAGCUCGGCAAGCCCUGGCCAAGAAGCGCCUCGAAGAAGCCUUCCAACGCGCCCAAGAAUCGCUCAAAGCACAACAAAACGAAUCCCCAACGAAUCUCUCCACCUCCGACGACAGCCUGAUCGUCCCAAUCGCCCCUUCCCCAACCACGAAACCCCCAACGGACGAUCCGGAACGGAUGACCACCGUCAAACUGACCCCUUCCGCCCGCGAUCCCGACGACAAAAGCGCAACGGCCGCACUCAAGCUGAACGAGAGCACUCCUCCGGAUGUCACAACCGGCGAGCGGGAAGUUCCGGAAGCGACGACCGUAGACGAAGACGACGAGCAGGACGAGGGCAAUCCGGCGAAAAAGUUCUUCUCGGAGAAUAGUUCCAGGGCGGGUGCGGUGGCGGACGGGGAGUCGGCGAUUCCGCCGACGGUUGGAGGGCAGGUUCCGCAGCAGCAGCAGAAGGGACUCAACGGAACGAUUGCGGAGAUGGUGCAGAACAUGUUCAAGACGAAGGUGUACCAGAAGAGUUUUGAUGCGAGGGUUAUGCUGGAGCGGGUUAGAGAAAACGGGAAGAACCGGAACGGGACGUGGGCCACGAAUUAUGGGCUGUUGACGUGCAAGGCGCAGCCGUUUUUGCAGCGGAUCACGUUAAUGGGGGAGUUUUAUUGAGGGGGAGAAUAAAAGAUUGAAAGGCAUUCCAGGGGAAAAAA